AUGUACAAGCACCAUCCUCUUCUGAGCACCUUUCUGGCUCUUGCAAGCGUAGCCGAGAUGGGCCAGGACGAGCGCGACAUAUCAGUAAACGCUCUCACUAUCGCGUGCGACAUAUUGCGUGCUUCGAAGAAGAGGUUCCCUAAAACCGCAAACUUCCCUGGCAAGAAGUCUGCAUCUCGGUACGUGGUCACACUGGCUGGAGAUAGCAAGCGACCCGGAAAAGUGAUUUGCGAAGUUGACGAGCUGGUCAUUGAGCAAGAUGUCGAGAAAUUGGAGGACUUUACGAAUUAUGACGAGAACUGGUACGACGACUCAAACGCAUCUUUGCACCAGGAGUAUAGCUUGGACGAUGAGGUUGGCGAUGAUGAAGGGUCGAGCUUGGCUGCUGCGAGUUCUGUGAAGGUCAGGACAAGGGAAAGAAGAGCAAGCACACAGAAGAAAAAGAUACCGAAUACCUUAAAUCGUACGGUCAAUCGGGAAACAUGGGUCAAAAGCGUGGCCGCGAUGAUGAUUUCGAUAACGGAGAGGGAUUGA